GACCAAUAUGAUAAUUUGGGAGUGCAUACUCAACGGGGCGUAGAUUUCUUGGACAAGUAUGGCCAGUUUGUGAAGGACCGAAGUUCCAUUGAAAGUGAAUAUGCGAGCAAACUCAGACGCCUUGUUAAGAAUUAUCAACCUAAAAAGAAAGAUGAGGAAGAUUAUCACUUCCAGCUACAUGGUUUAAACAGUACCUUAUUGAUUAAUAUAGAUAGGUGUAAAGAAUUCACAGUUAAAGAUUUCAAAAUAUCAUAUCAUCUACAUGAAGGAGCAAAACUUCAAACACAGCUGCAAACUUCAUUAGCACAAUUAGACAAGGCAAAGAAAGCAUAUGAAAAAACUUUCAAAGAAGCAGAAAAAACACAAGAAAAUUUUUUAAAAGCUGAUGCAGACUUGAAUUUGUCCAGAGCAGAAGUGGAAAAGGCAAGGACAAUAUCUGUGAUAAAGAAUCAGACCUGUGAAGACUGUAAAACGGAAUAUGCAAAUCAACUCCAAAAAACCAAUGAAUUGCAAAGGCUACAUUAUACUACUGCAGUACCAAAUGUGUUUCAGCAAAUGCAAGACAUGGACGAAAGAAGAAUAGCUUGCAUUCAGAACUUCAUUAAAUUAUUUGCUGAUAUUCAGCGUCACGUAUUUCCUAUCGUCUGCAAGUGUCUUGAUGGUAUAGUGAAGGCUGCUGAAACUAUAGAUCCGAAAGAGGAUUCUAGGCUAGUCAUUGAGAAGUUUAAAUCUGGCUUCUCACCACCGGAGGACCACCCUUUUGAAGAUCUCAGUAACCUUAAGAAUUGUGAAGGGAACACAAGCCUACAUACGAUGUCUCCUUUCAAAACGGAAACUAUUAAAGGCACCAUUACUGGAGGAAAAUUAAAGAAACGUGGAGGAAUUUUUGGAAUGUUUGGUUCAAAUAAAACUCAGAUUGAUGAAACAAAGGAAGAUUAUGGUGAUUUACCCCCCAACCAGAGGAAGAAGAAACUUCAACAAAAACUCGACUACGUCCAGAACCAGAUCCAACAGGAAAGUGCUGCAAGGGAUGGCUUGAUGAAAAUGAAGUUAGCAUACGAACAGAAUCCUGCCAUGGGUGAUCCAACGAGCAUCGAAGGUCAGUUAACAGAAAGUGGACAUAACCUUGGGAAGCUUCAAGCUGAGUUUCAAAAAUUCCAAGGUUUUCUAUCAGAAGGAGGCAUGACAUUAACACCUACAAGUUAUAAAGGGAACAGGCACAGCUAUUCUGAUGACUCCAUGUCACGGAGUGCAUCCGACUCCAGUGUCAACAAUCCGAACAACAACAGAAGUAUGUUGACAAACACUCUACCACCUCCAACGAAUGGUCCAGAGAUUGGUGUCAGUACGUUCCACAUCAACAUUCCUCAAGUUGAAGUGUUUGCUGAUACACACGAGGAGUUCAGUAAUGAGGAAGAAUCAAACAUAGAUAUUGAUCUGGAGUGUCUUCCUGUUCUAGGCACAGCAAGAGCCCUCUAUGCUUUUGAUGCUCAAAGUGAGGGGUCCAUCCCCAUGGAAGAAGGGGAGGAAUUUGAAGUCCUAGAAUUAGACCAAGGAGAUGGCUGGACUAGAGUUCGCCGAGGAGACUUUGAAGAAGGCUUUGUUCCAACCUCUUACAUUCAAUCUUUUCUCUAUAACAACUGUUAACCACCAGAUUUGUUUUUUAGUAUGCAGUAAUGUGAGGACUACAAUAUAUAGGUUCUUUGAUGUGAGUUUUAUUUUGUAUGGAUCUGCAACGCACCAAGUUAUGAAAGGAUGAAUUCAUCUCAAAAAGCAAUGCAAGUUUCUUUGCUGCUAGCAUGGGAGCUGUAUCCACGAAGUGAAUGUGUGAUCCGAAAUCAACCAAAGGAUAAACUGCUUUUCUAAUAAAAUGAUGGUUGUUUCCAUAGACGAGUAAUGUAUAUUCUGCAUGGUGUUGAAAGUGAAGGCUUCACUAACAAGAACAAGCUGGCAUGUUUGUCAACUGUUUUUAAAUAUAUAGACACACAUUACACAGUUGGAUUCUUGAAUGAGUGUUAUUCUGCAAGAAUUGAGGAGAAGAACUCUGAUAAAAGAUAAUAAAAAAAUAAGUUGACACGUCUAAAUGAAAACUUUUCCAUGUUUAUUUUGUGCGACACUUCGAGCAGAUACCUUUUCUGAGCCUAAUUCCGUCGUAACAGGCCUUUACUGCUUUAUGAAGGGUGUCUGCCUGAAAUGUCGCACAAAAUAAACUAGACAAAAUGUUAAUUUAGAGUGUCAAGUUAUUCUUUAUUAUCUUUUAUCAGACAGCCGAACGCAUACUGUUGUAUGUAAUAUUUGUGAAAAUUCUCCUAUCUUUUAUCCAAGUCAGACAGCCGAACGCAUACUGUUGUAUGUAAUAUGUGUGAAAAUUCUCCUGGUGCGGAUUUUCGCACCAUGAUUUUAUUUAUGAUUCUUAGUUAAGGGUAAGUUGUAGUGAGAUGACUGUAAUUUUAUACAAAUUCUGGAAAUUGUACAUUUUCACUAUUUUAGAAUGUUGUAUAAUCUCGUACUGAUUGGUAAUAGGAAGCCGUUUUGUAAUACUGCAUGUUAAUCGAAUACUCAAAACCAACAAAUGUUUUAUUAUUUUUUUGGGGGGGGGGGUCUUCUUUGUACACGGUGUAUGAAAGGAACACUAUUAUGGUAUGCCAUUAUGAACAAAAGUUGGAGAUUACUCGUUACAGUUGAGGACCAUUAGAAAGAAAAAAAACUACAUUUAAAGUAAUGGAAUUCUUUUGCAUCUUGAAAAACAUCUGUAAAAUUGUAAAUUGAGAUAAGCAUACAAGUUAUAAUUUAAGUUUUUACUUUUCCAAAGUAUAAAAGAUAGGCUGAACUGUAAAGUUUGGCUAACAGUUGAACCGAGCACUCAGCUUUGUGAUUCUAAACACGUUGACUUAUUGUUAUUUUAUUACAAGCAAUAGCUUUUACAGUAAAGAAGAAUAGGUUUCGAUCACUGGAGAAAUCCUUCUCAGGUACACAAGUUUUACCGAGAAAAGAAGAAAAAUUCUAAUAUCUUCUACCGAAAGCUUCUUUACCGUUAAAACUUGUAUGCUUGGGAAUGAUUGCACCAAUGAUCAAAACCUGUUCUACAAAAAAUGUACUUUUUCGGUGUAAAAACUGUAACAUAAUAAAAUAAUAAUCAGUAAGUAAACUAUUAAUGUUGACUUAUUGUUGGAGGUCCUUCCUUUAAAAGUGUGUGUUAGAAAUACAGAAAUUUUGUUACCAGACUAUAUUUUUUUUAAAUACUUCAAAAAAAAAAGUAUUGGAUAUUGUAAUACACUAAUUUCUACUGGCUAAAAGAAAUAACUACAGAAUCACAGAGAAUGGUUUAGAAUAGUUUUAUUUUUUGUAUAGUAUAUUAGUAUGUUAACAUGAUUAAUUAGUAGAUUUAUACAAGAUAGUUUGUAUGCUUCCAAGAUUUCUUAACUCUGAAUCUUUAAUAAUUACUGCCAGUCUUAACAAGAUGGAGGAGGGCAGUGAAGUAUAUCUGGUGUGUGAAGUGACUCGUUGAUAAUUAUUGGUUAUAUAUAUAUAGCUAGUGUUAACAAGAUGGAACUGGUUGUGAUAAAGAGGAGAGGGGUGAAGUAUAUCUGGUGUGUGAAGUGACUCGUUGAUAAUUAUUGGUUAUAUAUAUAUAUAUAUAUAUAUAGCUAGCGUUAAGAAGAUGGAACUGGUUAAAAGAGAGAUAAAAGUUUAUAAAUGAAUUUUGGUUAAACAAGUGUUGUUCACCAGAUACUUCGUAUUCGUAUGUUUUUGAAAUGCUAGAAAAUAAAUUAGUAAAAUAUAUAUAUAUAUAUAUAUGUAAGAGAACUUAUGUUACCAUAUUAACUUAGAGUGAGACUUCUAGGUUCAAUAAAAUAUUUCUUAAGUUGCUUCUUGUGUAAAAUAAUGGCUGGGUAAGUGGUAUGAUAAUGGAUAGCUUUGCUCAACAUUGGGUUUGUUAAAGAUCUGUCUUGUUUAGAGUUAUAUUUUAACACCACAGCUAUGCUUGUUUUGCUGUUAUUUGAAGGCAUACAUCUUAAAGUAUAGUAUUAGAUAUAGAAAACUUGACAAGAAGGAAUCUAAGAAUUUAGUAUGCCAUUUUCAGUCAUAAGUUAUAACUGUGAUGAAUUACUGAAGUAAAAACUUUUGUCAUAGUUUUAUAUGCGAGUGUGUAAAAAAGAAGAGAGAUAGCUCCUAAUAACGAGUGUGACCUGGUGUUAACACCUUUUUAAUCUUCAGAUAAUAUGCCACUGCUACCUCUUGUUUUAAAACCAUCAUAGACAGUGCUUGUAAGAAUCAUGAGUUGCAAAAAAAGUUGAUCUAAUUUGUUUUAAAAUCAUGAAGUUUUUAAGCCUAAUUUUGUGACAGCUGUGUGGAUCUGAUAUAUUUGAUAAACAACACUAACAUAGUCGUAGUAUUUUUGUGUGAAAUAAUUUUUUUUUUUUUCAAUAUUUGAAAGUGGAUAACGGACAAAAAGUUGGUGAAAAACGUUCUAAACUUUUAAUUGUUAUAUGUUGUCGACGUGGGAUUUUUAGCUUAGCGUAUCAAGUUUUCAUGUAAAUGUUGAUAGUACGAUAUUGGUGAAAAGGUGCCAUUUGAGAUACUCUUCGUGCAAAUACUCACAUUUUAGGAAUAUUUCUGCAUGUUUAGAUGCAAUGUUGUUGUUUUUUUAUACAUUUCAAAUGCUGUGUGAUCUGUUAAUGAGCUUAAGAGAGGUGACACAUUUUUUUUAACUUUGUGAUUUUCCAGAAGUGCCCUUCAUUAAUGAAUUUUAAUGUAAACGCUGUUUGUAUGUGUGUAGUUUUUAACCAACAUAAGUAUUUUUGUUAGAAGCUACAAAAUUUCUAUAGGAAUUCCAGAAUUUUUUAUUAUGGUGGCUUGUUGUAACAUUACAUGUUUAGAAGCAACUUUAUCUAAAUUUUUUUACACGAAAUAUUUUUGUAUAAUGUUUUAUAAUAAAUCCUUUGUUUGCUAAAAAAAAUAAAAUAGAAAACUG